AUGGCUUAUCUUUUCUCAUGUCAGAAACGCCUGCUCAUUUGCGACUUUCCCGCACAUAAUUACAAAGACGACAAAAUAAAACCAUUAAUAGUUUAAUUGCAUUCGUUUCCUACAGCAAUCCGCUCCGGUUAAUAUAUAGUGAACAUGUAGAUCGCCACCCCCAACCAACCCCAGGCAAGACCAGGUCCAGUUUACCCCAUGGAAGAACCCCGGCCUCCCCGCAUUGCCCUCCUCUCUAGCCCCGGCCUGGGCCACAUCAUUCCCUUCGCCGAGCUAGCCCGUCACCUCGUCCUCCGCCAGCGCAUCGCCGUCACCCUCAUCACCCACCCCGCCGAACCCUCCGCCGCCGUCGACCGGGCUCUCUUCAACAACCUGCCCGACGAAGUCGACACCGUCUGCCUCCCCGAAUUCCCGCCGGAGGACUCCUCGAAUGGCACCACCAAACUGGAGACCCGCGUCUUUGAAACUAUAAAGGCCAACUUUCCUCACCUCCGUUCCCUUCUGAGCUCUAUUUCCUCGUCUGCUCCUCUCGCGGCACUCGUCAUCGAUACCUUCUGCAUCGACGCCUUGGACGUGGCCUCCGAGCUUGGCAUCCCGGCCUACCUCUACUUCACUUGCUCAUGCACGGCUCUCUCCCUUUCUUUCCACAUCCUUACGCUGGACGCCUCAUUCCAAGGGGAAUACCGGGACCUGCCCGAGCCGGUCCGCCUGCCCGGGUCCGGGUGCGUGCCGGUCCGAGGGGAGGAUCUCUUCGAACCGAUACAGGACCGGAGAAACGAGGUAUACAAGUGGUUUGUCCGCGUCACAAAACGAUUUUACGAAGCCAAGGGGAUUCUGGUGAACAGCUUCGAGGAUCUGGAGCCAGAGGCCGUGAAAGGUUUGAAGGAAGCUGACGGUAUACCUCCGGUCUAUCCGGUUGGUCCGCUGGUCCGGACCGCGCCGGAUGAGGAGCACGAGUGUUUGAGGUGGUUGGACCGGCAGCCGCGUGGGUCCGUUGUCUACGUCUGCUUCGGGAGCGGGGGAACGCUGACAUGCGCUCAGACGAGGGAGCUGGCUUUGGGUCUGGAGAGGAGCGGCCAGAGAUUCCUGUGGGUGGUGAAGAGCCCACAUGAACGUGAGGUUAAUGGCACGUACUUGGGGGACAAGGGGAAUAAAAAUCCCUUGGACUUCUUGCCUGAGGGAUUCCCGGAGAGGACCGAGGGCGUGGGCUUUUUGGUCCCUUCAUGGGCCCCUCAGGUGGCGGUGCUCGGCCACGCCUCCACCGGAGGGUUUAUAUCGCACUGCGGGUGGAACUCGACGCUGGAAAGCAUCAUGAAAGGCGUGCCGAUAAUUUCAUGGCCGCUAUUCGCGGAGCAAAGGAUAAAUGCAGCGAUGCUCGCUGAGGAUGUGGAGGUGGCGCUGAGGCCCAAGGCAAGCGAGAGUGGUCUAGUAGAGAGGGAUGAGAUCGCGAGUGUAGUUAAGCGUUUGAUGGAAGGGGAAGAAGGGAAGAGAUUGCGGAAGAGGGCAGAGGAGCUCAGUCAUGCAGCAGCUCGUUCUCUCGGACAAGAAGGGUCUUCAGUCAGGGCAACGUCGGAGGUGGCACGUGAAUGGAUGGAUAGGAGGGCCUGACGAUUCCCAAGCUGCUAUCGCACCUGCUACUUUAUUAGUUAUUUUUGAAUCGCGUGUCGUUAUUGAGAUUCCUGGUUGAAAUGUGAUAUGGUAUUUUAUAGCUCUGUUCCUUAAAA